AUGGAGUGUUAUUACCUUCACUAUCUUGCCUUUCCUUCUUUAAAACAUCUGCAUUCUCUCUUUCUUUUUCUUUCUUCCUCUAUAACCUUUAUUUUUCUUUUUUUUUUUUUCUUUCUUUCCCCUAUAGCGAAACAGCACAUUUGGCAUUUCUUUUCUUCCCUCUAUCCUUGCAAGGAAACAGCGAAACAGCACUUUGGCAUUUUCUUCCCUCUAUCCUUGCGAAACAGCGAAACAGCACCUUUGGCAUUUCUUUUCCAUCUAUCCUUACAGGUAUGGUCUAUUGUUUAUCUGAGCGAAACAACACCUUUGGCUCUUUCUUUCUUUUUCUUCCAUCUAUCCUUUUUUUUUCUUUUUCAGCGAAAACAGCACCUUUUGGCAUUUUUUUCUUCCAUCUAUCCUUGUAAGGAAACAGCGAAACAGCACCUUUGGCAUUUCUUUUUUUUUUUUUCUGUUUCCAUCUAUCCUUAUAAAAAACAGCAGAAACAGCACUUUUCCUUCUUCAUUUUUUUUUCCUCUAUCCUUACAAGGAAACAGGUAUGGUCUGUUGUUUAUCUGAGCGAAACAGCACCUUUGGCAUUCUUUUCUUUUUUCUAUCCUAUCCAAGGAAACAAGCGAAACAGCACCUUUGGCAUUUCUUUUCUUCCAUCUAUCCUUACAAGGAAACAGCGAAACAGCACCUUUGGCAUUUCUUUUCUUCCAUCUAUCCUUACAGGAAACAGCGAAACAGCACCUUUGGCAUUUUUUUCUUCCAUCUAUCCUUACAAGGAAACAGGUAUGAUCUUUUGUUUAUCUGAGGUAGUGGCAUGGGAGUGUUAUUACCUUCACUAUCUUGCCUUUCCUUCUUUAAAACAUCUGCAUUCUCUCUUUCUUUCUUUCUUCCUCUAUAACCUUUAUUUUCUGUUUCUUUUUUUUUUCUUUCCCCCCUAUAAAGGAAAGCACCUUUGGCAUUUCUUUUCUUCCCUCUAUCCUUUACAAAGGAAACAGCGAAACAGCACCUUUGGCAUUACUUUUUCUUCCUCUAUCCUUACAAGGAAACAGCGAAACAGCACCUUUUGGUAUUUCUUUUCUUCCAUCUAUCCUUACAAGGAAACAGGUAUGGUCUAUUGUUUAUCUGAGGUAGUGGCAUGGGAGUGUUAUUACCUUCACUAUCUUGCCUUUCCUUCUUUUAAAACAUCUGCAUUCUCUUUUCUUUCUUUUUCUUCCUCUAUAACCUUUAUUUUCUGUUCCUUUUUUUUCUUUCUUUUCCCCUAUAAAAACAGCACCUUUGGUAUUUCUUUUUUCCCUCUAUCCUUACAAGGAAACAGCGAAACAGCACCUUUUGGCAUUUUCUUUUCUUCCUCUAUCCUUACAAGGAAACAGCGAAAACAGCACCUUUGGCAUUUUUUUCUUCCUCUAUCCUUGCAAGGAAACAGCGAAACAGCACCUUUGGCAUUUCUUUUCUUCCAUCUAUCCUUGCAAACAGGAAACCGCGAAACAGCACCUUUGGCAUUUUCUUUUUUCUUCCAUCUUUCCUUGCAAGGAAACAGCGAAACAGCACCUUUGGCAUUUCUUUUUUCUUCCAUCUUUCCUUGCAAGGAAACAGCGAAACAGCACUUUUGGCAUUUCUUUUCUUCCAUCUAUCCUUACAAGGAAACAGGUAUGGUCUAUUGUUUAUCUGAGGUAGUGGCAUGGGAGUGUUAUUACCUUCACUAUCUUGCCUUUCCUUCUUUAAAAUAUCUGCAUUCUCUUUCUUUUCUUUCUUCCUCUAUAACCUUUAUUUUCUGUUUUUUUUUUUUUUCUUUCUUUCCUAUAGAAACAGCACUUUUGGCAUUUCUUUUCUUCCAUCUAUCCUUACAAGGAAACAGCGAAACAGCACCUUUGGCAUUACUUUUCUUCCCUCUAUCCUUACAAGGAAACAGCGAAAUAGCACAUUUGGCAUUUCUUUUCUUCCAUCUAUCCUUGCAAGGAAACAGCGAAACAGCACCUUUUGGCAUUUCUUUUUCUUCCUCUAUCCUUACAAGGAAACAGCGAAACAGCACCUUUUGGCAUUUCUUUUCUUCCAUCUAUCCUUGUAAGGAAACAGCGAAACAGCACCUUUUGGUAUUACUUUUCUUCCAUCUAUCCUUACAAGGAAACAGCGAAACAGCACCUUUGGCAUUUUUUUUCUUCCAUCUAUCUUCGAAACAGCACCUUUGUAUUUCUUUUUUUCCAUCUAUCCUUGCAAGGAAACAGCGAAACAGCACCUUUGGUAUUUCUUUUUUUUCCAUCUAUCCUGCAAGGAAACAGCGAAACAGCACCUUUUGGUAUUAUUUUUCUUCCAUCUAUCCUUACAAGGAAACAGCGAAACAGCACCUUUGGUAUUACUUUUCUUCCAUCUAUCCUUACAAGGAAACAGGUAUGGUCUAUUGUUUAUCUGAGGUAGUGGCAUGGGAGUGUUAUUACCUUCACUAUCUUGCCUUUCCUUCUUUAAAACAUCUGCAUUCUCUCUUUUUUCUUUCUUCCUCUAUAACCUUUAUUUUCUCGAAACAGCACCUUUGGUAUUUCUUUUCUUCCAUCUAUCCUUGCAAGGAAAUGGCAGAGGACCGUCAUUACCUCCUCUAUCUUCACUUUCUUUCUUUAAAAUCUAUCAUCUCUCUCUCCCUUUAUCUAAAACCUCUAUCUUCUUUCUUUGGUAUUUCUUUUCUUCUGUCUAUCCUUGCAAGGAAACCGAGUGUUAUCACCUUCACUUGCCUUUCUUUCUUUAAAAUCUCUUCCUUCUCUUUCUUCCUUUCUUUAAAACCUAUCAUCUCUCUCAUCUCUCUCUCUCUCUCUGUGUCUUCCUUUCUUUCUUUCUUUCUUUCUUUCUUUCUUUCUUUCUUUCUUUCUUUAUCUAAAACCUCUAUCUUCUUUCUUUAA